CUGAACAAGCUUUCACACAAUCAGACUCUGUGAGACAUGAUGGAGGCAGGUGCUCAUCUCCUACUGCUGGUCGCCUUACUGGGCACCACGUCGGACUCUCAGCUUUUAUGGAGACAGCAUUAGUUUCAUGCCACCACAGAGGAAGAAGGAUGGGACUUUUAGGGUGACCUUCCACCACAGGCAGAACGGCAGGAGCAGCUGUCAGGAUCAGUCGUCCUUUACCUGUGAUGGCGGCGUCUGCACAAGCUUCAACAAGUCAAGUGUCUUGCAGACAGAUCAGGGUGGCACAGGUCAGGGCAGGUGGUGCCAGACCGAAGGACUCACGACGGUGACCAUGUCGACCAAUAAAACCUCCUUCACUCUGAGGGGCUCUGGCUGCUGCUGGGUGUCUAAUGUCAACGGAAACACAAACUGGACGACUCAAGCAGAGCUGGACCUUGGAACUCGAUCUGACUCGCACGCCCUCAACAGCUGUCCAGUCACAACAACGGUGUCUUCUCUGAGGGUUCCUCAGAACUGUUUCUCGAGGGUUCGUCUUCUGGCCCAUGAUCCAGACGGAGACAACGUGAGGUGCCGCUUCAGUUCAGACGCCUCAGUUCCCUCAAACUUUACUCUGGACAAGGCUGCGUGCACACUGAUGAGUUCAGGUGAAGUCAGUGUUGGUGUCCAUGUGUUUGAGCUGAUGCUGGAGGACUUCUCAACCAAAAACAUCACUCUGACCUACGCUGAUGGAUCAUCAGUGUUUCGAGAGGCUGCAGACACAAACUCACAGCCUCUGUGCAAAGUAAAGCUCCAGUUCUCAGUGGAGAUCCUUCCACCUAUACCCAGCUGUGAAGUCGGUCAUGUGCAGCCCAUGUUCUUGUCUAAGACUCCGUCACACAGCGAUGUUCUUCAUGCCACUGUGGGUCAGAUGUUCCAGCUUUACGCCCAAGCACAGGCUCAUCAUGCCAGCAUACACGACUUCCAGAUCAGCGGGCCUCAGAACAUGAGCAAAGUGUUCAAAGAUGAUGAAAAUGGAAAAGCUGAAGUGACAGUGAGUUGGAUGCCACAGCACAGCGAUCUGUACAGAUUCGUCCCAGUCUGCUUCACCGCAGAGACAAAUGAAACCCAGUCAGAGAUGAGGUGUGUUGUUGUCAUGGUGACCCAAGCAUCUGUCAUUCAAGGCAAAGCGACUGUUGAGUGCUCCCCCAACAAGAUGACGGUGGCCCUGAACAAAGCCUCCAUGCCCGGCAUCGACGAGACCUACCUGAAGCUGAACGACCCAUCAUGCUCUCUCACUUCCAACAGCACUCACAUCAUGGGCAGCAUGUCGCUCAGCACCUGUGGCACCAGAUUUGAGGAUAAAGGCGACUUUAUCGCUUUCAAGAAUGAGAUCAACUCCUUCGAGCUUCCCAACGAGGUUAUAACCCGCAGAAGAACAGUUAAGAUCGGGUUCUCUUGCCAGUUUCCCAAAAGCCUCAGCAUCUCCAACUACUACAAUCUCCACAAGUCUGACUACAUCUUCACUGAGUCCAGCUUUGGCAGCUUUGGCUACACCUUUGAGAUUUUCCGCAAUGAAAACUUCACUAAUAAGGUGGAAGCUAAAGCUUAUCCAGUGGAGGUCAAGCUGCUGGAGACCAUCUACAUGGGCAUCCAAGCCCAGUCUGAACUACCUGAUGUGAAACUGUUUGUCGAAUCAUGCAAAGCCACUCCUGAUGACAACCCUGAAAACACCCUCUCCUACGACAUCAUCAAAAACGGGUGUCUGGAGGAUGAAACAGUUAGAGUUCACCCAUCUGACCAAACGUCAUUCAACUUUGAGGUUCAAGCUUUCAAAUUUACCGGAAACUAUGAACAGGUGUACAUCACCUGCUCCGUCAUCCUGUGUGAACCCGACAGUCCCUUUUCCAGAUGUGCCCAGGGUUGUUUGAAGAACCCAUCCCAUAGACGCAGACGAGGGCUGGGCAGGGAGACGGGCAGCCACUACAUUACCCAGGGUCCUUUGCAGUUUGUCAGACUGGCAGACCCCGGUGCAGCCGUUGAUGACAACAAUGUGGUAAAAAAGAGUGAGGAGGCCCCUGCAGUGAUUAUUCCUCCACCAGUUUCUCCAGACACCAAAUCAAACGGAGGACAUUGGGAAAUCAAGCAGCUCCUCAAUACCAACAUCAGCACCAUCUUCUUCGCCUCCGCCUUCUUAGUGUCAGUGGUGGUGAUGGCCAUCCUUGUUCGUUACUUCAGGAAGAAGAGACAGGAAGAGGACCGCAAUGCUCUUAUAGUGGGCUGGGAAAACUAAACCUGACUAAUCUCAGUUGAACAUACCAUUUUUUUUAAAUUAAAGGACAGGUUCACAUUAUUUAUAUGUACAGUCAUUCAUCAUUCCUCCUGUUCACAUUGGCCACUUAAAGAUCCCUUUUAAUGUGUUUUGAACAUUUGCAAAGCUUAUUUGAAGCUAAUAUGAGGCUGCAGUAGUCUGUUGAGGGAUAGUGAGACAAUUAGGGAAGUUAGCACUUACAAGACUGUAACUCUGUAGGAUACUCACCUGGUUUGUCUAACUCAGACUACAUCAUCGCUAUAUAUGGCUACCAGACUCCAUUGACAAAAACAGUAAUUUUAUCAAGCAGAACAUGAGACUUGCUGGGAUUUCUACAGAGAUAGACCUUCUUAUCAGAGAGUAAAAUCCAUUUUGUUUAACUUGAAACAGUCAUUUUACUUUGCAGAACAUACUUUUACUUAUGUAAAGGAUCUGAAUACUUUUCCCACCGCUGAAAGUCACACAGCAACACAAACAAACCGAUGGAGGCAGUGGUAUUCCAGCAGCUCCUGUGUUCUGCCCAGUAAAAUUACUGUUUUUGUCUGUCUGAUAUAAAUCCUAUCCAAAAUGUUGUCAGACACUUAGAAUCACAAACUGAGCCAGUCAGUGACAAAACAAGGACUUUAGUGGACAUACUUUGAUGCCCAUCAGAUUACAUUGCAGUGGCCGUUCUUGCUCAAUAGUGCAAAAACAUGGGAAAAUGAGGCUUGGGUUCAAAAUACCAGAGUUAUCCUUUAAUGACCAGUGUGAAUGCGAGGAAUGAUAACAGCAAGCAAAACCAGUUUCAGCAUUCGUGUGAACUACUGGCUACUGUUUUAAGAGAAAUUGGAAAAAUUGCGAACCUGUCCUUUAAAAUGUUUUUCAAAGUUCAUAAGAAUCUUUAUGAAGGAGCAUCAUACGGUGGUGGUGGGCUGGUCUAAGAUGCAUCUCUGUCUCUCUACACUGUCAAAGGCUCAGGUCAUUGCACCGUACAGAAAAUAAAAGUGAUUUUGGUUUCUGUUCCUGGCUGUUCAGACCUCACUUAACCAGUUUUAGACUAUUCAUAGAUUGGCCAACAUUUCCACUGUGUCUGGUUUUACAGGAUUUUUAUGUUGCUGCUGUCCUUAAACUUUUUGUAAACACACUCCACACACCUUUAAUGUGACUAGUUGUUAUGUUAGUCUAUUUAUUGAAAGACAUGUCAAACACUUUGGUUGUGAUAGCCUCUUCAAAUAUUUUCAGCUGGUGGUGUCUACAUCUGGGUCACAGAUUAUGCCACUGAAACAUAAAAUACACUUAAUAAUAAUAUGUUACAUUUUUAGCUUAAAAUCUGUUUGAGUAAACAUGCAGUUUUUCUGAGAUGAUUUAUAUUGACACUCACUUUAAAGUCUUAAUCACAUAAACAUAUUUAACUGUGUGUGUGUGUGUGUGUGUGUGUGUGUGUGUGUUUGUGGGUUUAUUUUUGUUUGUCUUGAUUCCUCAUUAACAAGUUGCAUUGAUAUUUGGGGCUGAUUAUUAUUCUGAUUAUUUGCAUAUACAACAAGAUGAGAAGGUGGAAUCCCAGCUCGGGCUGUGACUGAUGAUCAGCACAGAUGAUCAGACACUGAUCACAGACUCUGGAGGAGGAACUGCCAACACCAGACGACAGCUGAGAUUCAGUUCAUAUGAAAAAAAGUAUACUUAUGUUAUACUGCUGAUCUGCAGAAGAUUUAAAAUAAAAACAUGCACUUAUUACA